UGUCGAUUGUGAGGAAUGUGUACAUAAUGCGUGACAUGGGAAGAAGUAUUUGGGAUUCUCACUUUACUAAUGGGCAUUUUGAUAUUUACAUUAAAGCGAUCCCUUGAAAACUCCUCAGUGCAGUAAUUUAAUAGCUAUAAACUAAUAGAAACAAGAUAAUUACUUAAAUUUUAAUUUGAAUUAUGGAAAAACUGAAGAAGCGUGUAAUAGAAAUACGAAGUAUAUCAGAUGACGAUGUUGAAACAAUUAUUAAACCACUGUCUGUAGUCAUAGAAGACCCUAAAGGGGCGAGGAUAACACGAAGUAGGAACAACAAGGGAAUACCAUCACAGAUACAGAAAACACCUUCGCGGAGACAGUCAUCUCGUAUAUCAAGAGUCGCACCAAUAGUAGAAGAAGAUGAAGAUGACGAGGAAGAUACGUUCGUUGAUAACGCCAGAAUUGCUGCUUCUGUCGUGUCCGAUACGCCGAAUGGAGCUCUCCUUGGAGAUGAUAACGUCAAGGGGGAACAGAUGUUUGGAUUCCAGACACCAAAACGAAGGAAUGCUUUGGCACAGAAAGCUUUGGAAUCUGUGCAGACACCAGACCGGGAAGGAAUACCUAAGGCACAUGGACUCAAUGGCCAGUUCCAGACACCAAAAAGAAGUGCUUUGGCAUAUGUACAGACACCUGACCAGGAAGGGGUAACUAAGGCACGUGGACUCAGUGGCCACGCCACCCCAACUAGUUCUCAUACUCGGAGUAAAACCAGAACCCCUCAGCGAAGACUCUCUGUGUGCACUCCACUGAGGAAACUGAGGACACCGUCGAGGCAGGUUCAAACUCCUUCAACUCGACUGAGGCAACUUGAUGCGGAUACAGCAAAGACACCCUAUAAUUUGCGCAAGAGAAUUGGAAAAAAGAUUGUACAAAUGACCAAGGAUGAUGGCAGUGAUACUGAUAUUUCUUCAAGUGAAAGUGAGUACUGCCCCAGCGAUGAGAAUGAAGAAGAUAUUGCAGAGAAUGAGGAAGAAAAUAAUACAUCUGCUGGAGAUACUGAUUCCGAUGCUGAUCAAAGGUCACAUGAGAGCGAACGUGCCAGUCGUAGUGCAGCAAGAAAGGAGAAGAGAAUACUGCCACAAAAUUCAGGCUUACUGUCCGCUUGUAACGUUAAAGAAUCUGAUUAUAAACUUGAGCCAGAGCAAUACUUCAGCACUCAUUCGAACAAAAAGCACCAUACAUCAGGCCGGCUUCUCAGUUCUCGACUGAGCCAGGAUGUUCUGCAAAAGCUGUUAUCCGAGGUGCCUGAGAAACACAGCAAAUGUAUUGCUAAACUUUGCAAGAAUCAUCUGAGACUCUUUCCAAAUUGGCACUUUGCUCUCAGGGAAGGCUUCAGUAUCCUUCUGUAUGGUGUGGGAUCAAAACGGAAGCUCCUGCAGUCUUUUCAGGAAACAGUUAUGGAUGAGAGUGAUGUGCUUGUUGUCAAUGGAUUUUUCCCAAGUCUUUCAAUCAAUGAGGUUGUCAAUAUGAUAGCUAAAAAUAUUCUUGAGUUAUCAAAUGUGCCUGCUGACCUCUAUGAAUGUUUAGAACUGGUCCAGAGCUGGUACUCUGGCAUAUACAAGAAUUCUUUGUACCUUAUUGUGCAUAAUAUUGAUGGCGAAAUGUUGCGCAAUGACAAAUGCCAAGAUGUUCUGAGUCGUCUAGCUAGCACUCCAAAUAUAUACCUGCUAGCUUCUAUAGAUCACAUAAAUGCUGCCUUAGUCUGGGAUCAAGCGAAGUUGAGCAGCUUUAACUUCACAUGGUGGGAUGUAACAAAUUUCCUUCCAUAUUUCACGGAAACAUCAUUUGAAUGCUCUGUGAUGGUGAAAAAUUCUGGGAGCCUGGCACUAUCAUCAUUAAAUAAUGUGUUCAAAGCUCUCACAACAAAUGCGCGCAGUAUCUUCCUGCUCAUUGCCCAGCGCCAUAUCGAAAAUAAAGACAACAAUAAUUUUCGAGGUGUUUUGUUCCGAGAUCUGUACCAGGCCUGUCGUGAUGCUCUUCUUGUAAGCUCAGACCUGGCUCUCCGUUCGCAACUCACUGAUUUUUUGGACCACCACAUGCUGAGAUCACGCCGUGGAGCUGAUGGUUCUGAGUACCUUCACAUCCCAGUAGAGAGUUCAGUUCUGAAUCAGUUUAUGGCACAACAUAGUUGUGAUGAUUAAUGUCGUAAACAUGUCCUGAAGGAGGAGCUAUGUGCUAAAAACAGAGCUACAACCCUACAAAGAGUAUGUUGUAAAGAGUAUGUAAAUAGUUUUUGUUGGGACUACAGAUUUUUAGAAUUAUUUGUCAUGUCCAUCACUGUUAUUGACCAUGGCCCACACACAUAAACAGCUGUAAUAGUCUCACAAAGAUUUUUCCUGCGAUGUGUUGGCGAUUACUGAAAGACAUAUGUCUUCUUAUUUGUUAUAUAUUUUAGUUUACUGGAAUGUAUUUUUACUGUUCUGACACAUAAUCAGACUGCAUGAUACUUUGUCAGAUGUUUGAGAAGUGAGUGUUUUAUAAAAAAAAGCAGAAUCUUGAAAUUAAUUUCUUAUUUAUUAUACAUCUUAGUUUACUUGGAUGUAUUUUUAUCAUUGUGACACACAUUUUUUA